AUGAAUUUAUUGAACGUGGCUAAACACCUUCUUUAUUUGGUUGAAACUGACUAUAUAUCUGGAAAUUCUGCAACAAAUGCCCAUGAAGUUUUUGCUGCAGAACGAUUGUUCGAAAUUCUGAAGUCAUUUAAAGACAGCUACUUCAAUGAGUUGUAUUCUUAUGAUACUCUCGAACUUGAAGAUGAAUUUGAUGAAAUGACUGAUGAAGAAGAAAACAAUGAUGAAAUUGUCCAUUACAAUGAGAAUGAACAUUCUGAUAUAAAAAAUCGUUUUACAUUAGAAGAAAUGGAAAAUAUAAUUGAAUGGGUUGAUCAACAUCCGAAUGCUAGAUUCGCAACUAUUUCCAAUCGAUUUAAAAAAAUCAAAUCCAUGAAUUAUAUUCCAAGGUUUAGAGAAUAUGUUGAAAACAAAGGCACAAGAUUAGAAAAAUUAAAGCAAGUUAAAGAAUUUAUGUUUAAUGAAUUCUAUAUGAAAAGAACAAUCGAAAAAGAAGCCGUUCAUGAUGCUGAUCUAGAACUUUUUGCAAUUCAGAAAGCAAGAGAAUUAGAUUGGGAUACGUUCAAGGCCAGCAAAUCAUUUAUCAAUACUUUUAAAAAGGAAAAUAGAAUAUCAUCAAGAAGAUAUAACAAAAUGAUUACUCGAACUAAAGCAAACAAAAAAAAAUUGCAGCUUAGAUGGUACGUAAACUUUUAUUGGAUUUAUAAGUACAUGUGUCUGAAUGUAAUAUGCAUAUAUAUUUUAGAUGCUCACAAUUGGAUCAAAACUAAAAGACGUUUAAUAUCAAAGUAUUCUACUAAUGAAAUCUUAAACAGCGAUUAUUGUUCAUUUCAACAAGAAUAUGUAUCUCCAAGAAUCCUUUCUUUUACUGGUGAAAGAACAACAGAAGGGGCAGUUAAAAAGAAAUAUAAUACAACACAUUCGUAUACAUUUCAACCAGUUACAUCAGCUAAUGGGCAUUUACUGGACAAGUUCUUACUGAUCCUUCAAGAAAAAGAAAAUCAAUUCGGUCAGAGAGUGCAAAAAAAUUUAAUUGUACCACCAAAUGUUGUAGUAAGAGCUUCAAAAUCUGGAAAAAGCAGUGAUGAAAAAUAUCACGCUUUUUUAACUGAAGUUCUACGUCCUUUGGUGGGUAAAAAAUUUCUUCUCUUCCUUCAUUCUUGGAAAACUCAAGCUGAUCUAACAAAAUUUAGAGCAGUAUUUCCUAAUCAAGACAGUCACUUAUUGCUUUUUCCAGAAGGAUCAACCGGUUAUAUUCAAGCACAAGAUCUUUCUUUGUUUCGCUCAUGGCGAUUUAUUCAUGAAAAAAUCGAGCAUUAUACUCAUAUCAAUCGAACAGAAAUGACUAUAAGUGAUCGUCAAUAUUUCAUCAACAUAUAUCAUAUUAUUCAUAAUCAAUUAUCAGCUCCAGCAUUUACUAAUCUUAUUAAGAAUGGAUUUAUACAAGCUCAAAUAACAAAUGAAACAAUUGGACAGAUUGAAAAACCAAAAGAUGUCUGCUUCAGAUUUGAUGAUCUCUACUGUUCAAUUAACAAUUGCAAUUAA